AUGGCUGGUGGAAUCCCCAUUUCGACGCAGACCGUGGACGGCUUCUACACCGGUCGCAAGCUCAUCUACCCUCUCUCCCUCGUCAUCUCCCUCUUCUUCCUCUGGGGUUUCUCCUACGGUCUUCUUGAUGUCCUCAACAAGCACUUCCAGACGGUGCUUGGCAUCACCAAGCUCCAGUCUACCGGUCUCCAGGUCGUGUACUUUGGUGGCGGCUACCUCCUUUUCUCUCCGAUUGCCGCAGAGGUCAUGAAGCGCAAGGGUUACAAGAUCACCAUCCUCAUGGGCCUCUGCCUCUACUCGAUCGGUGCCGUGAUGUUUUGGCCGACGGCACACUUCGCCAAGCCUGGCAACGAGACGGCCUCCUUCGGCGGCUUCUGCGCCUGCACUCUCGUCAUCGCUUGCGGUCUUGCAACCCUUGAGACGUCGGCCAACUCGUACGCCGUCGUCAUCGGCGACCCCGCCACCGCCUCUGCCCGUCUGCAGUUCUGCCAGUCCUGGAACGGUGUUGCCUCCUUCAUCGGCCCUCUCAUCGCCUCCAAGUUCUUCUUCAGCGGUGCCAACGCCAACAGCCUUACCAACGUGCAGUUCGUCUACCUUGCCGUCGCCUGCGCCGGUGUCGUUGUCGGCAUCCUCUUCGCCGUCUCCAAGCUCCCCGAAGUCUCCGAGGAGACGCUCUCGGGCAAGGCUGUGACCGAGAACCUCGCGCAGGAUGAGUUUGGCCAGGAGAUCGGUGCCGGCCCUCUGUACAAGCAGUACAACAUGAUCUUCGCCUUCAUUGCGCAGUUCUGCUACGUCGGCGCCCAGGUCACCAUCGCCUCGUUCUUCAUCAACUACGCGACCGAGAACGCGACCUACUCGUCGGCCCAGGCCUCCAACAUGCUGUCGUACGCUCUCAUCACCUUCACCGUCGGCCGUUUCGUCGCCACCGGUCUCGCCACCAUCUUCGCGUCCGACUUCAUCAUGGUCGUGUACGCGUGCUGCACCAUCGCGCUGAACGCCUACAUCUGCGCCGGCCACGGCGAGGCGGCGGUCGCCAUCCUCAUCGUCAUCUUCUUCUUCGAGGCGCCCAUGUACCCCACCCUCUUCACGCUCGGCACCGCCAACCUCGGCCGCCACACGCGCCGCGGUGCGGGCAUCCUCGUCAUGGGCGUCUCCGGUGGCGCCAUCUUCCCGCCGAUCCAGGGCGCCAUUGCCGACUCGGCCGGCACCCGCAUCUCGUACGUCGUCCCGCUCGUCGGCUUCGUCUACGUCCUGGGCUACGUCACCUUCCACUGGAUCCGCCACGGCAUGGUCGUCAUGCGCCCCAAGAACGUCCUCACCGAGUCCCAGGCCGUGGGCGGCGCUGUCGGCGGUGUCGUUGAGAAUGUGCACUACGAUGCCGACAAGCUGCAGUCGACCCGUGUUGAGAAGACUGAGGAGAGCAUCGCCGUUACCAAGGUCGAGUAG